GCCGGGAGCCGCCCGGCCGCCCGCCCGCCGCUCGCUCCGUCCCUGGGGACCCGCCGACAGGGCAAUGGAGCUGCAUUGGAGGUGCUGACCAUCACUGGACUUCCUCAGAGCUAGAGACAGGGAGGCUUAGUGUCCUGGUUGACAAGCCUGGAUCGCAGCGCUAGGGACCUGGAGCAAGGACCCUGACUGAUGCAUGUUUAGUGUGACCUGACUUCUUGAGGAGAAGUAUUCCUCUGAAGGCCUGUGGCUUCACAGCAGCACGCAGGCCCUGCAGUGUGGAGUUGGAGCUGUGAUGGACAUAGGGAAAAAGCAACCUGGGAGAGACUGACCUGAGAGAGCAACAAUCAAGCAUGCUUUGCAUGACAAGCUUGGCUAUAAAAAGAUACAUGGGACACAAAGACAAUUAAAGACUAGAAAAGACACUGUGCUUCAAGUUCCAAGAUUUGUGAAGGAAUUGGUUCAAGGAGCCUGAAGACCAUGGAGGGAGACUGUCUGAGCUGCAUGAAGUACCUGAUGUUUCUUUUCAAUUUCUUUAUUUUUCUGGGAGGAGCAUGCCUGUUGGGAGUUGGGAUCUGGGUCAUUGUGGAUCCCACAGGUUUUCGAGAGAUAGUGGCUGCCAAUCCUCUGCUCUUCACGGGAGCGUACAUCAUGCUGGCUAUGGGAACGAUGCUCUUUCUGCUGGGUUUUCUUGGCUGCUGUGGUGCCAUCCGUGAGAACAAAUGCCUCCUGCUUUUUUUCUUCAUGUUUAUUUUGUUAAUCUUCCUGGCGGAGCUUUCAGCUGCAAUCCUGGCUUUUAUCUUCAGAGAAAAUCUGACCAGAGAGUUUUUCACCAAGGAACUGAAGAAGCAUUACCAGAGGAACAAUGACACAGAUGUCUUCUCUUCCACCUGGAACUCUGUUAUGAUCACAUUUGCCUGCUGUGGAGUGAAUGGACCAGAAGAUUUUGAAGCUGUCCCUCAUCUUCCACACUCCUCUUUGGAAAUGGCAACACCAGAGGCUUGCUGCCAGCGAGAGCUCCAGAGCCGGGAAGGAAUGUUUGUCAACAAGGAGGCCUGCCUCUCAGGUGUCGAGAGGUUUCAAAACCGACAGGGAUGUUACACUGUGAUCCUGAACUCCUUCGAGACUUACGUGUACCUUGCAGGAGCCCUUGCCAUCGGAGUGUUGGCCAUUGAGCUGUUCGCCAUGGUCUUUGCCAUGUGUCUCUUCCGAGGGAUCCAGUAAGAAGCAGCCUGUGAACCACCACUUUCCCUAUGUACUGAGAAGAAAGAAGGAAAAUCAGAAGAAAACACCCAAAAAACUUUAUUUUUUUUAACAAAAUGGGGUAGGGGAUAAAAAAAGAAAAAAAAAGAAGGUUGUAAUAUAUGAAUGACCCAAAGGAUUGUACUUCAGGGGCUGGAACUUUGAGGUGAUGUGCACUACACUGUACACCGGACCCUUGCCCAGAGCCACUUGCAGCAGCUGUGGAGCAGGAGCCCAGCACAGCUGAUUGCACUAGAGACUGAUGGAGCUGGUGGGGGAGCAGGAGCAUGAGCACAACUGCCUCUCCUGCCAGGCUGUGUGCCUACCAAUCACAAUUUUAUCAUGUUUUAGACAGCAAAGGACUGAAGAACAGCCAUGCAGGGACUGGAUAAAGCAACAGGUUGGCUGAAGUCUGUGACUGUCCAGGUGGGUUUGAAACGAGUAGUGGUGGCUCAUCUCAGAAGUAGGUAGUUGUUUGCCUGAUUCUGGCUUUAAUGCCCAGCCACAGAAUGAAAACACACCUUCUUCAGGGGAAGCUUUUCACCUGUCACCUGAAAUUUGUCAGAGAAGUCAGGCACUUCAGUGAGGCUGGCUUUUCUCUGGAGCCCCAAGCAGGAGCAGCAUGGUCUCACUUAGCAAUGGAACUCCGCUAAGGCUGGCUGAUGGUCAAGACUUUGGUGCCCAUCUUCCUGUUCUUACUAAGAUUUUCUAUUCCUUAUGAAAGAGAACAGUGUUCCCAUCUUCUGUGAAAAUAAUGGCUCUGGUUAAGAAGCAUUGAUACUCCUACCUUCCUGAGAAAGGGAGCAAAUAACAUCUAAACCUUGUCAGCCUUUGCCUUUCUCUUCAUACUUGGAAAAAACAGUUUGUGGUGCUGUUAGCAUAAAUAUUUGCAGUGGAUUCCUACGUGCUUUCCAGCCCUAAGGGGAGUUCCAGGCAUGGUGCUGGAUUGAGGAAGGAGAGGUUUGUCAGCCACUCCCAUGCUGUUUGCCUGAAGCAGUCUUGUGGCGUCAUUUCUGCUCAGAGGAUUUCCUCCGACAUCCUCCCAUGGGCUCAUGAUGAAAGCAUCAAGUCAGAAUUGUUUUAGUCUGCCUGCUAGUUAAGUGUUUUCUCCCUUGAGAUAGUUUGACAUUUAAGUAAUGUAUCAUCUACUUUAUCAUUUGGAAGUGAACUUGAGAAAGAUGCCUGUGACUGGACCUUAGUCGGCUAUUAAGAAGGAACUGCUGAGGCCCCAAGCAGGUUCUAAGAGGACACAGUGUGCAACUAAACCACUAAGUUAAGUGCUAAGUGAUAAAUAUACACAGCUGAAGUAAGACCUCUGCUGGCUUAUUUCUUCCAGUGGUUGUGGUUAUUGACCCAGACUGGGUUCUCUCCUUUGGAAGCCUCAACUUCUGUUGCCUUAAUUGUUAAUCUGGUCACUCCCUGACUCCAAACUCACUGUGCUUGCGGGAAGAUAGAAGGAGCUGUGGUUUCUUGUUUAGCUUAGGUCUUUUUACAGAUUUUAUAGGUUCAGAUUAUGGAGCACUUUUAUAUAGGCUUAAACCAGCCCCUCUGAAAGCUGUAAGCACCAGCAAGGAAGGUGAAGGGGCAGAAGGCAGCAGCGAGGAGCUGAACAAUAACCUUGUGCCCAGGUUUAGCAGCAGCCAGGUGCUUGGCUGUUCCCUUACACCACUGGGGCUGUGGCCCUUCAGCUCUCCCGGUGGCACAGCGCACACUACAGGGAAGGAAUGAAAACAGCAGAAAGAUUGGUCUGUAAUAGACUAUGAUCCUCACUAAAUGUCCAGCUUGGGGAAUCAGGAUACUAAGGAACAGGAAGAAAGCAUUAGGUUUUCAAAACUUCAUUUGAGAACAACAAUUUGCUCCUCAGCAGGAGAGAGCCCAGGCAGGUAGAGCUGCAGCCCUGCUGUGUCAUGGUCAGCAUUUUCCAGCAACUGAAUAGGAAGCCAGGGCUGCUGAGCAGCCUCAGAUAUUGCAGUAAUCUUGUGGAAAGCUUUUCUGAACUAUUUCUCUCUGAAUCUGCUUCUAAUGAGACGUUUUAGCAUUAAAUUCUGGUCUGUUGUUUAAUGAAGGAAAACAGUUUUGCUAGCCAAAAACCAGCAGUAUUUCUACCUGGCAGCAGGUGCUGCGCUUAAGAUAGGAAAAAUGUGUUGCAUCUGCUAGUCUUGCAGGGAAUGGGCGAGCAGAAGGCAAGCUUAUCUGUUCUGCUUCUGCCUCGGGAGUUGGUGUCAGUGACUAUUCUGGGGAAAGCAAUUCCGAGGGGAGGAACAAAACCAUGAACAGAGAUGGUAAUUUGGCUGGAGGUAAGCAAGAGAAUCAGAAUGGCCUCCUCCAGUCUCCAAUUUUUUUCUUUCACCUCAGUUUAUUAUGUAAAGGCCUGGCUGUCUCAGGUCAGAGCCCGAUUUGUGCAUGGCUGAAGGAAGAAAGUGGAGGGAAAAAAAAGCCUUCAAGCCUCUUUCUGCAACCAGUAGCAUAGGGGAGAAACUGUGAGAGCUGGAGGAACCAGACACACACAGCCAGAGUGCUAAGUGAUAAAUAUACACAGCUGAAGUAAGACCUCUGCUGGCUUAUUUCUCUUCGGCUUUCCUAAUUCUGUUCUUAACUACUUUGUUUGGUCUUAGCUUUCUCACUUUCCCUCUCUCCCUAAUGGUAGUCCCUGCAUCUUCAAACAGAUCUCUUGUUCAUUUUGUACUCUGACCUUGGCACAGCUGUUUCUCCUCUCUUACCUUGUCUGAUCCGUUAUUGCUCUUUUCUGGAUGAAGACUUCAAAUGUUCUCUGCAGCUGGCUAGUGUGCCACUGGGAACACAGCUUGAAACCUCAGCAACAGCCAGAGAGCAGUUUUAAACAAGAAGCGGAGAUAGCUGUAAAGAUACACGUGAGUCUGAUAAGACCUGUGGAAGCUGGUAACAGGCAGAAGGAAUUUCCCACGGUGAAUUUAAUGAAUAGGCAACUCCAGAGAGCAAAUUCUCACCAUAUGGCAAAGCAUGUAAAUUUGUUGGGUCUGUCCCUUGGAUAUAUGGCUGCCCCCUCUGUUGUACAGUAGUUUUCAAAAUAGCGGGCAGAAGAAGCAACUGUAUUUUUAUAUUUGUUUUUAAUAGCUCUGGUGAACAUUUUGGGAUCAGGGGCUCAUGCUAGGUUUGCUGCUUGCUGGAGAGCUCUGGGCAGGCUGGGUACCAGGGGGAGCUGCUGUGCUGCCACCUCCUUCACUGUAGCACCACUAUGACCAUGGCCCAAGCACCUUGAAUGGAAGUAGUAGAGAGCAGCCUGUGCCUGCAAGCCCGCAGACUCUCUCGGCACCCCUGCCUCGCAGCUCUUAUUUAAUGCUCAAAUGACUGUCAUGAAUGCCUGGGAAAAGGGCUGCGUGUGAAAUAGUGUUUGAAAUCUAUUUUAAAAAACUGUAAAUGUUCUUUUUAUUAGAUAGUGGAGCUAACUUAUCCUGUAUUCCCUACUGUAAUGCUUUUUUAUAUUGAAAGGAAUUUUUUUUUGGUAAUAUAAACCAGAACACAAGCCUGA